CGUGAAACUAAUAUGCAUCAAUUUAUUUAGGAGCAACUAAAAAUUAUUUAUAAACGAAUGAAUACUCUGUGCGGAAUCAGUCACAGAGUAAUUGAGUUUAGAUUAAAAUCGCUCGCCAAGAUGCUUAUCGUUUUUACGCUGGUUUUCGUGGCUAUUAUCACUAAUGAGGUGUCUUGCAUCAGCUGCGAUAGAUCUCGCACUCUGCUGGGAGCCGAGGACGUUUGCUGGACGUCGAAGGUCCAAGUGAUAGAAAGGAUCUCACACACGCAAAAGAAAGUGUUGAACUUCGCUAAGAAGAGCCUGGGAUUGGAGACGGAAGAGAUAGAGCCGCCGCAGAAAUGCGAUUAUUACUACUGCAUUUUCAAGGAGAUGAAUUUGAUAAAUCCGGAAUAUGAUGUUCCGUGCGAAGAGAGAUUAACCAAAUGGGUGAAGAGGAAUGUUAAGUACGAGGAAGCUUUAAGUUUGCUGGAUAGACUUCAAUUUUGCGCUGGGGAGUUAAAAACGUCUUUAGGUGCUCAUCAACAAUUUUUAGCCAGUAACGUUGGAAAAACAGAACGAACUAUAAACGAGACAGAUCAAUCUAGAUGCGACAUAGCAGCAGAAUUUAUGAAAUGUUUGGCGCACAUUCAAUUAAUUGAUCCUGAGUGUCCAGUUUUCCAGUACCCCUAAGACAUUCAAAAUUGUAUUUUUCUAUUAAAAUAAAUACAUACAUUAUUUUGAGAAUUAUUUGCUUCACUUUUAUGAU